UCCUCGGAAAAAUGUGGGAGAUUCGAAGAAACUGGAUAAUUGUCUCCCUCAGCAUUCUGUUGCACGUUUCUCUAGUGACGUCCCAGCCAAAUUGCACCGUGAGCGGUGACACAUUCGCAAACGACAGCACUUACGAGACCAAUCUCAACACCCUGGUGGCCUCUCUCUCCUCCACCAUCGGCAACAGCGGAUUCCUCAACGCCUCCGUCGGCCAGAGCCCCGACACCGUCAACGCCAUCGUCCUCUGCAGAGGAGACAUCUCGCUCCCAGCAUGCCGUGAAUGCGUUGCCGCCACAGCUCCAGCAACCGCGCAGCGAUGCCCCAACAGAAAAGACGCCAUCUUCUGGAACGAGACGUGCAUGGUGAGAUACUCGAGCAGGCCCAUAUUCGGAGUGCUACAAAUCCAGCCCGUCUCGCAAGUUAAAAGCACAAUCCGGGCGCCCAACCCGCAGCGUCACGACGAGGAGCUGAGAGCCUUGCUGGAGAGCCUCAGGGGAUUUGCGGCCAACGGCGGACCGCUCAAGAAGGUGGCUGCCGGUAACACAACUGCGCCUGAUGUGCAGCCAAUUUAUGCGCUGGAGCAGUGCACCCCGGAUUUGUCUGUCCGGGAUUGCACUGAUUGUUUGACCAGGGCUAUUGAUGAUAUCCCCACGUGCUGUAGCGGAAUCAUUGGAUCAGGGAUUUUAAGGCCCAGCUGCACUCUCCGUUUUGAGGAUUACCAGUUUUACAAUGAUUCUAUGCUUCAACUGCCGCAACAACCAAUCACAAGAGAAAAGCCCUCGAAUAAGACGUCUAUCAUCGUUGCAGUUUCACUUUCAGUUUCUGCAUUUGUGAUACUAGUUUUCAUUGCCGUCUUGUUAAGAAGGAGGAAUGUGAAACAAAAACGGGAGGAAAAUGUUGAGAAUUCGGAUGAGGUUAGCACUGAUGACUGCCAUCAAUAUGAUCUUGCGAAAAUCAGAGCAGCAACCGAUGAUUUUUCUGCUGAUAAGAAGCUCGGGGAAGGAGGAUUUGGGGCUGUUUAUAAGGGGAUAUUUUCUAAUGGUCAAGAAAUAGCUGUGAAAAGGUUGUCCAUGGGAUCGGCGCAGGGCGAUAUGGAGUUCAAGAAUGAAGUCUUGUUAAUGGCUAGGCUUCAACACAGAAAUUUUGUUAGACUAUUAGGUUUCUGCCUCCAAGGGAAAGAGAGGCUUCUUGUGUAUGAAUUCCUUGAGAAUUCAAGCCUAGACAAAUUCUUAUUUGAUCCUAUAAAACGUUGGCAGUUGGAUUGGGAGAGACGGUUGAAGAUAAUACGAGGUAUAGCAAGGGGUAUAGUGUACCUGCAUGAAGAUUCUCGAUUCAAGAUUAUCCACCGUGAUCUCAAAGCAAGUAAUAUACUCUUGGAUAGAGAUAUGAAUCCUAAAAUUGCAGAUUUCGGAAUGGCAAGAUUGUUCGGCCAAGAAGAAACUCAAGGAAACACCAGCAGAAUCGUUGGAACUUUUGGAUAUAUGUCACCUGAAUACAUGAUGCACGGCGAAAUCUCUGUCAAGACUGACAUCUUCAGUUUUGGAGUGUUAGUCUUGGAAAUCAUGAGCGGCAGAAAACACAGUAGUACUACUCAAAAUGGGGAAACUGUGGACCUCUUGACUUAUACAUGGGAAAAGUGGCAGCAAGGGACACCUGCAGAUAAUAUAGAUCCUAUAGUGAGGGAUGGCUCGGUUUCAUUAGAGGGCAUGUUGAGAUGCAUUCGCAUUGGUUUGUUGUGCGUUCAGGAAGAUCCUGUCAUGAGGCCAACCAUGGCAUCUGUGGUUUUAAUGCUCAGUAGCUCCACGGUAGCAUUGCCACUUCCUUCGAGGCCUGCAUUUUUGGCCCCAAACCACCAAACUGAUUCCGACUGGAGCAUAGCAACAUCACAAGAUAGGCCCGACACAUCAUCACGAAAUCAUCUAUCUCUCACCAACUUAUGUCCGCGUUAGUUUGCCAUCAAUAACUGAUUUGUGUUUCUUCGAUUUGGGCUCUUUCAAUUUCAUCUAUUAUUAUCCAAGCAGCAACCAUUGAAUGACUUGUAGUGUGCUGAGAUGGAGUAUAUAUGGAUUUCCUCUAGUGAUAUAAUAUACUACUACUUCUAAA